GGAUCCAGUCCCCGAAUUAUGGAGCUGUCCGCCCUUCCGCUUUGAUCGACUGGUUCCCGAUGGGUUCGCUCGGCAGCUUCCUUCUUAUCUAUGUGCUGGGGGGACUUACCUUCGUCCCUCUGGUGCUAUCAUUGAUCUUGCUACAUGCCUACCUGACCCUCCCCGAUGCUUCAUCGACACAACAGCCACGUGGAGCUGCCGAUUCCGUUGCUCAGCCCGGCGAUGACGAGUAUAGCUUGAAGUCCGGUACCGACCAGCUGGCUGAGAAGUUCCACCGCACCCACGAUUCUGAUGUAGCCGCUGGUUAUUUUGCUGUCUGUCGCGAAUACGUACCUGGUGGAGUCAAUGGGAAGCCUCCAGAGAGAACAACCCCCGCGGGGGAGGUUGUUGCCACUGAGAGCCCCAGCGUCUAUCAGUCGAUGUAUCGGAGCUUGUUCGACCGCAAACAUGCGCCUAGUAUUGAGCCAGCGAAGGCGAAUGGGAAGAAUACCAAACGGGCACGGAAUGUCUUCUACAUUGUUCUCCGACAUGGCCACCUGAUGCUCUAUGACGAUGCAAACCAAGUGGAAGUACGCUAUGUCAUCUCUCUCGCUCAUCACGAUGUAUCGAUUCAUGCCGGUGAAGGCGACAUCCCGGAGGCCGAGCUGUGGCUCAAGAGGAACGCCAUCUGUCUUUCACGACGACUGGAUUCGCUGGGAGACCUGGGAGGGCCGACACCGCCGUUCUACCUGUUUUCUGAGAACUUGUCAGACAAGGAGGACUUCUAUUUCGCCAUGCUCCAGAACCAGACCAAGCUGUGGUCUUCCGCAGACCGACCCCCGAAACAGCAGGACUUUGAAGUGAAGCACAUUGUGUCCCUGGUGCAAAGACUGCAUUCUUCUGAAGAGCAGCUGCAGACACGCUGGAUCAAUGCUUUCUUUGGACGCCUGUUUCUGGCUCUUUACCAGACUCCACAGCUGGAGGAGUUUGUGCGGAGCAAGAUUGUUAAGAAAAUCUCUCGCGUGAACAAGCCAAACUUCAUCAGCAAGAUUGGUCUACAGAAGAUUGACAUGGGCGAAGGAGCACCCUUCAUUACAAACCCCCGGUUGAAGGAUCUGACGGUGGAUGGCAAUUGCUGCGUGGAGAUGGAUCUUCAAUACGCAGGCAACUUCCGUCUCGAGAUCUCAGCCACAGUCCGUAUCGAUCUAGGUCCUCGUUUUAAGGCAAGAGAGGUCGAUAUCGUGCUGGCAGUGGUGUUGAAGAAACUGGAAGGUCAUUUGCUGGUCCGCUUCAAACCUCCACCCAGCAAUCGACUCUGGAUGUCCUUUGAAACCAUGCCGAGAAUGGUGAUGGACAUCCAGCCCAUUGUCAGUUCGAAGCAGAUCACUUACAGUCUUAUCCUGCGCACUAUCGAGAGUAAAAUCCGUGAAGUGGUGGCGGAAAGUAUUGUGCUGCCGUUCUGGGACGAUGCCCCCUUCCUCGAGACCAUAGGCCAGGCCUUCCGCGGUGGUAUCUGGCAGCGAGAUAUGCCAGAAGCCGAUGCCCAGAUGGAAAUCCCGGAUGAAUCCGGCGAACCUCCGUCAACGCCAAAGAGUGUUCGCGGAGACUCGGUCGAGGUCCUUAAGUCCAAGGAUGAGCGAACAAUGAGCACGCCUGUUCUCUCCGAGUCUAAUCCGGCCAAAGUCAAAGCCCGCAAGCCCUUGAAGGACUCGGCCUCGGCCUCGGAUUUGCAGCCGAAACACUCUGGCGGAACCUCCACCGGCAUCGAAAGAUCCGACAGCAUGCCUCUACCUCGUUCUAUCCGCUCGCAAACCUUCUCCAAUGCAGCUGAUCCGGUUGUAACUGCGGACAAUGCAAACAAGGUUGCAUCACAAACAAAUCCCGACGAUCAGAGCAGCGCGACUAGUGCCAUGAUUGAAAUAUCAAACCGCUCUCCGCCUAACUCUCCGAAUAAAACUCCAAGCAACUCGCCACCUACUGCUGGUAUUAUGAUACCAGAGGGUGCACUUCGCAGCAGAAAUUCCUCCAUCGCAGAAUCUAUCGACAGCGUCGGCCUCGUUAACGAUAAGGUCAUUACAAGCCCUUCAUCCGCUCGCCUUGAGAAUAUAUCCUCCUUCUCCGGUCCACGAAGCUCUCGAGGGAGCUCUACCACCUCGAUGUCCAGCGAGAAGCAGCGCAGGCGCAGUACUAUCGAGACCUUGACCAAGUCGUUCCAACCACCGACGUCCGACGACAAGGCUUCUGGCAACAUGACCAUUGGGUCAGCAACAGCCGCAGCAAAGAAAUGGGGCAUGAGCGUGUUUGGGAAAGGAGAGGCACCCCAGGAUCAGGAUCCGUCUCGAGCACACGCAGGCACCCCGGGUCAACCCAUUGGGCGUGGCCAUCCCCACCCCCCUCCUGGAGCUCCCUUGCCGCGUCCGGACAAAUACGCCCUGAAGAGAAACGCGGGCACUCUGCCGAAGCGGAAGCCCUUGAUGGUUGCACCGCCUUACUCUGAAAGGUCCAACACGGCGGAGCACCGACCCGUACCACCUCCGCCCUUGCCUCGCAGGAAGCCGAUUCCCCCUCAUCUGCGCACUGACAGUGCCGAUGAGGUGCUUGUAGUCGAGGCACCGUUUGAUUCUGGACCGGACAGCCCGGCAGUCGGGGAUGUGGACUCGGAAGAUGGCCCAAGGGAGGCUAUCCUCCUCGAGAGCGAGACCUCGUCCAAAGCCGAUCUAACCGAGACCAAUCAGAAGUGGGAUACUGAAGACAGUCAGGACACUCAAUCAUUGCAGUCUAUUGAUCAGACUAUGGCUUCCACACCUGACAGAAACGAAGCACUGCUGCCCCCCGGACAACUGGAAGUUCCAUCAGUAUGA